CUCUCCCUCUCGUCCCACUAUUCAAUUCACCGCCUUCGAGACUUUGAGCUCAACAACAGAAAUCCGCAGCGGAGGAAGCCAGGUUCGAAUCGAGGAGCACCGAUGGCCCGUACCAAGCAGACCGCCCGCAAGUCCACCGGCGGCAAGGCCCCCCGCAAGCAGCUCGCCACCAAGGCGGCGAGGAAGUCGGCGCCGACGACCGGCGGCGUGAAGAAGCCGCACCGGUACAGGCCCGGGACGGUGGCGCUGCGUGAGAUCCGCAAGUACCAGAAGAGCACGGAGCUGCUGAUCCGCAAGCUCCCCUUCCAGCGGCUGGUGCGCGAGAUCGCGCAGGACUUCAAGACGGACCUCCGGUUCCAGAGCCACGCCGUGCUGGCGCUGCAGGAGGCCGCCGAGGCGUACCUCGUCGGGCUCUUCGAGGACACCAACCUCUGCGCCAUCCACGCCAAGCGCGUCACCAUCAUGCCCAAGGACAUCCAGCUCGCCCGCCGCAUCCGUGGCGAGCGCGCCUAAGCUGGAGCUGAAUUUCCCUCCGCCGCCGCCGACGACUAGCAGGAAACCUGGGAUGGAAAUCGUGAUAUGAUUGCCCCCGCCGCAAGCUAGUUGAUUAGUACCUUUUAUAGAUUUGUGUUAGGUCGAUUAUCGUCUUCUCUUUUUAGUGUAAAAAUCUCGUUGGUUACAUCUUACAGGACAAAUCUUAGUUUUUAGUUGCUGUUCUUUCGCUUCAGUGUAACCAUUAUACCUAUUGAUGCGUGUUCGUGAUAGUCACUCCUGUAAUCCUGCAAUUCUCCUGAAGUACAAGUACAGUACAUUGGUCAGUUUGCUGCUUUC